GCUUGGCAUAUCAUAUCCGGAGUUGACCAAAAUGCAUGCACGGGCCAUAUUUGAAGCUGCAAUCUCCAUGAGCAAUCAUGGAGUGAAAGUCUUGCCAAAGAUAAUGGUUCCUCUCACAGGAACACCUCAGGCACGAACCUUACAUUAUCUUGACUUUUGAGUGUUCAACACCGAAUCUAUUUGACUUUUUGAGUGUCAGGAGUUUGAGCAUCAAGUGAGUCUGAUAAGAACAGUGGCACAGCAAGUCUUCACUGAGAUGGGAACCUCCAUAAGCUACAAGGUCGGAACCAUGAUCAAGGUUCCAAGGGCUGCCCUUGUUGCAGAUGAGAUUGCUGUGCAGGCAGAGUUCUUCUCUUUUGGAACAAAUGACCUCACACAGAUGACAUUUGAAUACAGUAGGGAUGAUGUCCGCAAGUUUCUUCCCAUCUACUUAUCCAAAGGCAUCCUCCAAAAUGAUCCCUUUGAGGUGCUUGAUCAGAAAGGAGUAGGUCAGCUCAUUAAGAUUGCUGCAGAAAGAGGCAGAAGAGCUAGGCCUGAUCUCAAGGUAAGUGGUAUAUAUGUAUGAAGCUGCAGCACAGAGGAGGAGGUCUUAGUAGGAUGUAUGGUGCUCGAGCUGAAGGCUAAGCUUACUUCGCAGUGAGCUUGUUUGAAUUGAAUAUCUUGGUUGAUCGUGAUGAAUUUGGAAGAGUCAUCGAGAAGAUGCCUCAGGCAGAAACAAGCACAUUGUAAUCAAGUUAGAUUCGUUCAUGGCAUUACUUCAUCAUGUAGGAGUUUUUUGAAGGUAAGUUACCACCUAUUCUGAUUAGAGUUUGAACUAUCAUCUGGUGGCUUUGGUAUGUUUUUUAUUGCCAGGCUACUCAAACAAAUAGCAAAGAGGAGAACAAUUGUGGGUCUCUAACGUCAAAUUCUUGAAUUUAGUAGUUUCUAUUGCUGCUAACCAGGUUUUGGAUACUUGUCAGAGACGAGGAAUUUCUGUUAAACACAGCUUUCUCGGUGAUCUCAUCAAGUACAUUAUCUUUUCAAAUACUAGAUUCUUUAUUCUACCUUUAUCUAGCCGGAUACAACUCUUUAAAUUUCAUAUAUAUAGAAGAAUUAAGAUUGUUCCUCAGAUGGUUCUGCCUGUGACUCCUUUUGAAUAAGAAAUGUGUAGUGCAUCUAUUGAGCCUUCAUGAGUAAGCACAUUAACUGCAUCAAAAAAUUAGAACUCUACUGGAUUUUAGGCUUAUGGCAAAGAAGUCUGUCUCACUUCAUAAAUUUUGGACUGGCCUUUGUCUCUAGUGGAUUUUAGGCUGGCGGCAAGAAUGGAAAAAAAAAGAGGCUCUUUCACUUCAUGGAUUUUGCAAUGGCCUCUGUCUUUCAUACUGAAUGCCAGAUAAAAUAUUUGAACUAAAAACUAUUGUUUUUGUCAUAUCUCUUUCAUUAGAAGUCUUCAUUCCAGAUCCCUACCUCUGUAUAUGUUAUUCAAGGGAAUAUCCAGAGUACCAAAAAGCAUGAGAUAUGUGUCUUCUUGAUGAAUUCUCUAGGCUUUUCUUCUUGCAUGAAAAUGGGAACUUGUUUGAAUAGCUAUGAAAGAAACAAUUUCUUCUCUCGAGAUAUGUUGCACUCGGCUCAGAGUUGUAAUCCUUUCAAGCUUUGUUGCUGUUGUUGCAUUACAACUACUAUUUUUUUAACAAUUGUUUUUUUGUUGUUAGCUUGCUGCAAAUCAGAUCAGCGGUUGUGGAAACACAUAAGUUCUGCAUCGUCUGCUGUUUAUAUUUUGAUCAUAACACAUAAAUGCAGAAGAGGAGAUCGGUCCUGCAGAAAGUGGAAGCGUAAGGUAAAGUUAGUCUGCUACAAAGAUCGUGACAGUCGAAGUUACAGAUGGAUAGAUCCUUCUCCGAUAGACUAGACGAAGGAAAGUGGACUUUUUCAAGAGGCCUUGGAGGCGUUCCUUGUCGACAUCAUAUGUUAAAGAUGACCUGCUCCUGUUGACCUUUGAGUUGAGGUCAACAAUGUUAAAGAUGAUAUGCGUCCAUCUCUAUGAGCCCUUUCAAGUUUGACACGUCUUGUUCUUAGUCUACCACUUCGCUCGUCAUAGUGGCCUCAAGCUCCAUCAGCCGUGUAUGUUUGGUCUACCGAGUCUGAUUUAUCCUUCUGGUCAAUGGUUAAUGGGGCACGUUGUUGACGUAGUGAUAUGGGUUUCAUAGUGUCGUCAUAGCAGGAGAGUUUUGCGUUGAUGUCCACCGAGGCGAGGCUUGUGAGACGUUUCAGAAAUUUCGUUCAUGGCUCCAUAGGGUCAGAAUCUGUCAUGGAAUUCUCUUUCCGUCUGUCGUAAUACCACUCGUCAUCUGAUGGUGCCUUGGAAGCUUUAUAAGAGAAGCCCUUUGAUUUCAUUCCCAAGCAUACUCGUACUCAACCGUUUGUGCCUCAACAAGACUCGCUCCUACUCACCGCUCAACCAAGGCAGUCAUGGAGUCCGGUCUUAGGAACCUCCACUUUGUUCUCAUCCCGUGGCUGGGCAUGAGCCACACGAUUCCCAUGAUCGACAUCGGCCGCCUGCUCGCCGAGCGUGGCGUGACCGUCACCGUCGUGAUGACGCGGGACGGUGCCGCUCGACUGAGCCCGACCAUCGCCCAAAUCGCCAGCUCGGGUCUUCCCAUCCGCUUCGCCACCCUCCCCUUACCGUCGGUGGAGGUGGGCCUCCCGGAGGGCUGCGAGACCGGCGACAGCCUACCCUCCAUGGACUUGAUGCCCAACCUCUACCGCGGAUCCAAGUUUCUGCGGCAGCCCUUGGAGGAGCUGCUUCGAGAGCAGACGAUCGCCCCGAGCUGCAUCAUCUGUGGCGCGCGCUACCCGUGGACUCCGGAGGUUGCUCGCGAGCUCGGCAUUCCAUGCUUCAUCUUCCAAGGCUUUGGCUCCUUCGCACUUCUUUGCAUGCACAACCUCUACUGUUACAGGCCCCAUGAGCGCGCGUCGUCCCCGACCGAGCCCUUCGUAGUCCCAGGCUUGCCAUUUCAUUUCGAGAUCGCCAGGCAGCAACUACCACUUCAAUUCCAGUUGUUGCCUCGUUUCACGGAGAUUUGCAAUGAAGUACGAGAGGGCGAAUUAGCCAUGGACGGUGUCCUCGUCAACAGUGUCGACGAAUUGGAGCCAGGAUAUGCCGAGCGCUUAGCGGCGGCCUCCGGGAAGAAGGUGUACACCAUCGGACCGGUGUCGCUGUGUUAUAAAUCAGGGAGGUUGGACAUGGCUAAUAGGGGUAAGAAGCUGUCAGUGGAUGCAAGCCGAUGCUUAGAUUGGCUUGAUUCGAUGAAGCCACGGUCCGUGAUCUACGUCAGUUUCGGUAGCUUCGGCAGCUUCGCACCCGCACAACUGAUGGAGCUCGGCUACGGUCUGCUCGCCUCAAACAGGCCAUUCAUCUGGGUCAUCAAUGGCCUGGAAAGGUUUCCGGGCGCAGUAGACCAAUGGCUGCAAGAGAAGCUCGAGAAAGAAGGUGACUCAAAGUGUCUCUUGAUCAGGGGGUGGGCGCCGCAGGUGAUGAUCCUGUCGCACCCGGCGGUGGGUGGUUUCUUGACGCACUGCGGGUGGAACUCGACGCUGGAGAGCGCGAGUGCGGGCGUACCGAUGGCGACAUGGCCGCUCUUCUCGGAGCAAUUCCUCAACGAGAAGUUGAUCGUGGAUGUGCUCAGGAUCGGAGUCGAGGUGGGCGUCAAGACCUCCAUGCAGCAGAUGAGGCAAUCGCCGGAAGAGGGAGCGCGGGUCUCGAGGGAGGAAGUCGCUAAGGCCGUGGAGAGGUUGAUGGACGGAGGGCAGGAGGGAGAAGAGAGGAGAAGGAGAGCUAAAGAAUUUGGAGAGAAGGCACGGAUAGCGAUGAUGGAGGGAGGUUCUUCGUAUGAGAACGUGACACGAUUGAUUGAAUUGGUGGCAACAAAAGCGAAGGAAUCCCAAGCAUUCUCUUAUCCAACCGCUAGUGCCUCAACAAGACUCGCUCCUACUCACCGCUCAACCAAGGCAGUCAUGGAGUCCGGUCUUAGGAACCUCCACUUUGUUCUCAUCCCGUGGCUGGGCAUGAGCCACACGAUUCCCAUGAUCGACAUCGGCCGCCUGCUCGCCGAGCGUGGCGUGACCGUCACCGUCGUGAUGACGCGGGACGGUGCCGCUCGACUGAGCCCGACCAUCGCCCAAAUCGCCAGCUCGGGUCUUCCCAUCCGCUUCGCCACCCUCCCCUUACCCUCGGUGGAGGUGGGCCUCCCGGAGGGCUGCGAGACCGGCGACAGCCUACCCUCCAUGGACUUGAUGCCCAACCUCUACCGCGGAUCCAAGUUUCUGCGGCAGCCCCUGGAGGAGCUGCUUCGAGAGCAGACGAUCGCCCCGAGCUGCAUCAUCUGUGGCGCGUGCUACCCGUGGACUCCGGAGGUUGCUCGCGAGCUCGGCAUUCCAUGCUUCAUCUUCCAAGGCUUUGGCUCCUUCGCACUUCUUUGCAUGCACAACCUCUACUGUUACAGGCCCCAUGAGCGCGCGUCGUCCCCGACCGAGCCCUUCGUGCUCCCAGGCUUGCCAUUUCAUUUCGAGAUCGCCAGGCAGCAACUACCGCUUCAAUUCCAGUUGUUGCCUCGUUUCACGGAGAUGUGCAAUGAAGUACGAGAGGGCGAAUUCGCCAUGGACGGUGUCCUCGUCAACAGUGUCGACGAAUUGGAGCCAGGAUAUUCCGAGCGCUUAGCGGCGGCCUCCGGGAAGAAGGUGUGCACCAUCGGACCGGUGUCGCUGUGUUAUAGAUCAGGGAGGUUGGACAUGGCUAAUAGGGGUAAGAAGCUGUCAGUGGAUGCAAGCCGAUGCUUAGAUUGGCUUGAUUCGAUGAAGCCACGGUCCGUGAUCUACGUCAGUUUCGGUAGCGUCGGCAGCUUCGCACCCGCACAACUGAUGGAGCUCGGCUACGGUCUGCUCGCCUCAAACAGGCCAUUCAUCUGGGUCAUCAAUGGCCUGGAAAGGUUUCCGGGCGCAGUAGACCAAUGGCUGCAAGAGAAGCUCGAGAAAGAAGGUGACUCAAAGUGUCUCUUGAUCAGGGGGUGGGCGCCGCAGGUGAUGAUCCUGUCGCACCCGGCGGUGGGUGGUUUCUUGACGCACUGCGGGUGGAACUCGACGCUGGAGAGCGCGAGUGCGGGCGUACCGAUGGCGACAUGGCCGCUCUUCUCGGAGCAAUUCCUCAACGAGAAGUUGAUCGUGGAUGUGCUCGGGAUCGGAGUCGCGGUGGGCGUCAAGACCUCCAUGCAGCAGAUGAGGCAAUCGCCGGAAGAGGGAGCGCGGAUCUCGAGGGAGGAAGUCGCUAAGGCCGUGGAGAGGUUGAUGGACGGAGGGCAGGAGGGAGAAGAGAGGAGAAGGAGAGCUGAAGAAUUUGGAGAGAAGGCACGGAAAGCGAUGAUGGAGGGAGGUUCUUCGUAUGAGAACGUGACACGAUUGAUUGAAUUGGUGGCAACAAAAGCGAAGGAAUAGGAGAUGAAUGUAUGACUUGUUUUCCUCCACUAAUAAUGUAGCACACGUUAUGCGUCAGAAAUUGUUUGGCGAAAUAAAUGAUAUCAUCACUUGGCUUCUUCUUGUUA